AUGGCGGUCGCAGCCAUCAUGAGCGCUUUCCACCCCAACCACGACACGGCAUCCACCAUGAGCAAGCCAGCAAAGAGCCGCAAGCGCUUCUCGCUCAUGGCGCUGCUGCCCUCGCGCAAGCUCAACAGCAGGCGUGCCACUGCCUUGCCCACCGUCAACGUGGAUUCUCAGCAGUCUAAGCAGCAGCAAGCCUCGUCAUCAUCAUCACCACCGCGAGCUCACCGCAAGCAGUCAUCGCUUGACCGCCACGACAUGUGCCGCGAGGCUAGGUCCAUCAUCGAUGACGGUGACGUCGACCAUCCGGCCAAUACCACUGCUCCUGUAGCAGCAAAGACCACGCAGGAAGUCUGUCCGAUUGCUCGAGCCAUCCUCAGCGAUGCGGCCUAUAAACAGCGCCUGGCUGUCAUGGCGCUCCAAGACAGCGCACAGCCUCAACCACUUAGCAAGCACGGCGUCCCUCGCCUUCCUCGCGGCUCCCUCACUUCGGAGAAGCUGCCACUUCUCGACCACGCCUUGGCUCGUGUCGCCCUCAAGAGAAGCACGUCCGAUGUAGAGGAUAAUGGCGAUGAGGACGAGCAGCACAAGCGCCAUCUCAUCGUCAACGGUCGCAUCGCUGCCGUGCCCAUCCUACCUAAGGACAGCGCAAAGUCUCCUUUCGAGGACGACGACGAUGACGCUUCCUCCAACCACUCUAGCUCUGACGGCGGUGCUGGGACGGGUUCAACGCGCGCCACUAGCCAUGGAGCACAGCACGGCUUCCGGGUAGGCAAGGUCUCCCUCGCCCUUCCUCGCCGCACUUUCGAUGGGGACGCUCGAUCCCUGCUUCCUCGCCCUUCUACGGAGCCUACUGCAGACGCUGCCCCUCGUCGCUCCUUUGGACGCCCGUCUUACUCGCACGCCCCUCCUGCCUCGAACCGUUGGGCUAAGCAGCACAGCCAACAACAGCCACAACGCCCACGCAACGAGCGAGCACGAACGACUUCGCCGCCUCUGUCGCGUAGCUUCAGCCAGAGAAAGCAGCAGGAGGCCAGCGCUGCAGGCCGUCAAACCUCACUACCUACCAGCCCGUCCCCUCCGACAUCGUACCGUCGUGCGUCCAUGGAGGCCAAGCGACUUAGCUUGCUCGCCCUCAACUCGCUCGGCGGUCACGCACCGCAGAGGGACUACUUUUCGGAGGUCGCGCAGUAG